AUGGGUUUCCAGUACCAUCAUGCGGGCCCGUCUUCAGAAACGCUGCAGCAUCCAUUAUCUGCAGGCGAAUCUGUGAACGUUCAAGCUCAUGAGCGUAUUCGGUCCCGCAAGCCCCGGGAUUGGUUCGAAAGCACUUUAUUCUGGCUGUCGCGACUCGCCUCAAUCACCUGGCUCAUAAUUGUGUUCACAGCGGCUUGUACUGUCUUGAUAUCAUGGGAGGGGUACUGCGACCAGCGGCACGGGCAUCGCUUGGGUGAAGACCCCACGGGGAACAUUCCGGAGUUCCCCCGCGUCAUACAACAUUUCGAGUUGACGGCCGACUACACAUUCAACCCGCUGAACACGACCGCCGUCGAGAAGCACCAAGUACGAAAGAACUGGGAUGCCUUGAUGCCAGUCGGCCAUGGGUUCUUCAGCGCAACGAAGAACCAAAACCAACUGCCGACGGUGACGGUCGACCCGGAGAACCACCCGGCGCACAUCACGGCCGUGUUCCACCAGCUGCACUGUCUCUACAUGAUCAUGCAGGCGUACCACUCGGGCGUGCAGGCGACGGAGGAGACGGAGGCGAUGGCGUUUCACCUGCGGCACUGCUUCGAGUACCUGCGGCUGUCGCUUGCCUGCCACGGCGACACGGCGCUCGGGGGUAGAGUCGACGACACGACGGCCGGGGAGGCGGGGGCACAGCAUGUGUGCAAGGACUGGGGGGCUGUCAAGCGGUUUGCCGAGACGCAUCGGACGAACGAGUUUCGGGGCAUCAUCGACACUGACUAG